GUCAUAAACAAAGGCGACGCGGAAUCGAGCGUUCUUUGAGUGCGACGGCUUAAAUCUGCAACAGCGGGAUCUACCUUCCUCCAAGUUUUCUUCUUAAAACACCGAAUCUUUUGAAAAAACAGAUAAAAAUGGCUGAUGAAGACGGUUGCAAGGUAUACGUGGGGGGUCUCCCAUUCAGCCUUGAUCAUGUUGGUCUCCGCGACCACUUCGAGAACGCUGGGUACAAUGAUAUCGCAGAAGCUAUUGUCAUCAUGGACAAAGAAGAACAUGACAAAUCUCGAGGCUUCGGUUUCGUCACAUUCUCCUCUAAGGAGUCGGCCAACGCUGCAGUGAAAAACAUGGACGGUUCAGAAUGUUCAGGCAGAAACUUGCGUGUUAACAUAGCAAGUGGCAGACGCGGCGGUGGUGGACGUGGCGGUGGCGGUGGCUUCAGAGGCCGCUCAGACUACGGCGGUGGCCGCAGCUACGGAUCUGGAUCAGGCUCCAGAAGUUAUGGCAGUCCAUAUGGUGGUGGCCGAGGAGGUGGUGGUGGAGGCGGCGGGUAUAGGGACCGUGAUUCCUACAGCGGCGGUGGCAGAAGUGGUGGCUACAGUGGCGGCCGCAGUGGUGGCUAUGAUAGUCGCAGUGGCGGUGGUGGCUAUAGCUCAGGAGGCUAUGGAGGUGACAGCUAUGGCAGCUAUUGAAGUGCCGACUCACAAGGAUUUGCUGUAUAGACAAGCUGAAGGAGAUACGCUCCACGAAGUCUUGAUGGGAAUUGAACUUUUAUUUCUUACGAACUUUUGGAAAAUUGGGACACUUGCGGCUCAAGCCUCAGUGACUAUAUUUCAGCAUCAUAUAAUCUUGUUUUAAUUUCACUUAUUGCAGUAGGAAAUGCGUUCUUGAUGGUUAUAACCAUGGUUUUCCAUGAAAGUGCCAUGAUUUUUAAAAAAUGGCAUUGUAAGGUAGCAUUUUAAUAUCUUAUUACCAUUGUGCCAUUUAUCAAAGAAUCUUUAGUUUGUGCCAGGCUAUUCCCAACAACCAGAAAACACUAAAGCGUUUAGUUACCAAGUACACAGAAAUUGUUGUGUUGUUGCAUUUACCAUUGUCGUUUGUGUUCUUGUUGUAGAAAGGAAAUUAAAAGAACUAUUAAGAAAUUAUUCCAUCCACCUCAUUUGCCUUUUGCUUUAGUUAGUAUCUAUCUGUGUACGACUGUUGUGAAUAUGAAAAUGGCUGUUUCACUUCUGGAGGUUUUUAUGAAAACUAUAUGUAGUUAUACUUUUUGAGAACAAACUAAAGGAAUAGAACCUGUUUUGUAUACAACUGUAUCUUUAAAGGCAGGUGUCCAUUAUUGAUCAAAUUAAUUCAUAUCGUGUCUUGGAAGGAAAGGGAAUCGUGGGGGAUGGGGCAAAAAAAUAUCAUGAUGUUUCAAUUUUGUCUGUUGUUUUCGCUGCUCGAACCAACAUUUCAACAAGUGAAAUUUUUGUCAAUAAAAGCGUAUAUUGUAAAAAA